AUGAUCAAGGACAAGGUGCCGACCGUCAUGGUCUGCGGCGCUCGCCGCCGCCUACCGGAGACGGUGGGCCUCGUGCUACUGCUAGUGACCGCGCUGGUCAUGGUGUCUCGCGUGCAGCAGCUAGAUCUAUCGAGGACCCGCGGCACGCAGCGGACUCGUCCCCCUCACAUCUACAACGACAAGGAGACACAGCGCAAGUGCUACAUGGAGCGGGACAUUGGCAUCAUCGGCGCCGUUCAGCAUGCUGCCAAAACCUUCUGCACGAGUGGAGGCUGGGACAAGGAGAAGCAGCAGCCUGUGAGUCCCAACAAGGCGACGAAGGUGGCCACGUUCCGAGUUCCUGGAGGCAUCAAAAGCGCCACGUUCCAGAACCUCAUGCUCGACCUCAUCGACGUCAAGAUCAACGCGCCCAUUGCGAGCAUGGCGCAGGACGGCGGCAAGCACGACCCGCGCUUCAACUUCAAUCCGCGGCUCAUCAACUGCGCGUGUGAUGAACUCACCGACUAUUUCUCCAUGCUUCCCGGCGACCAGGAGCGAAAUGGAGAACAGAUCUGGAAGCCGUCGCUCAUGUCGUUUCCUAGUGGAGUUCCCAAUACCUCGAUAUGCUCGACCGAUAGACCCCCCACUCGUUCCGCUUGGGACUUUGUGAAGAAUCCGACGACGGCACCUGACGGCAACGAGACGGUCGUGUUUGAGAACCCGGUGGUGCUCAUCUCCCGCCGAGACGACCACAACCCGUUCUUUCAGAUAUCGUACGCACUCAACUCGUGGGUCAUGCUCCAAGCUUUGGGCUGGGACCUUACCAAGACUCAAGUGAUCCACCUGGACGGCGGCUACCCGUCCCCAAUCGACGCGUUGCACCAGGGUCUCUUGGCGCCAAACAACGAGCUAAUUGAAGCCUCCACGCUUAUGGGCAAGCGCGUGCACUUCCGUGGAGACGUCCUGCUCGCACCUUAUGAGCUGUCCGGCCCAAUGAUGCAGCACCUGAAUGACAACGAGCCGUGCUUCGACUCGGAGCUGCUCAAGACCUUCCGUGCCCAAUCGCUGCUGUCGCUCGGCAUUACCCCGGAGGUUGAACGCACGAUUGGAGUCACCACAAUUCGCCCGAUGAUCGUGACGGUGAUCACUCGCCGGCCAUACGGAGGUCGAGUACUGCAGCGCGUGUGGGUGAAUGAGGACGAGGUCAUGGACAAGAUUCGCGUCGAGUAUCAGCACCUGGACGUCGUGUUCCGCUCUGUCGAGUACGUGAACCUGACGCUCGCCGAGCAGAUGAGAACCACCAUCGAGAGUGACAUGAUCAUCAGCAUGCACGGUGCUGGCCUUGUCAACGUGCUGUGGUCGCGCCCAAUGACGACGAUCCUGGAGAUCUUCCCCAAGGAGAGAUUCCGCUGGGGGUACCGAAACUUGUGCCAAUUCGUGGGCUGCGACUGGCACCAGUUCCGAGGCGGAGAGGACAUCGGUGAGGACCCAGUGCCGAACACCAAGAGUAAGAAGAUCCCGUACGACGAGUGGAUGGAGUUUUUCGUGCCGCUAUUCAACAGCACGUACGCAGCGUUCGAAGAGCAGCAGGCGGUACUGCGCGGCGACGAUUAG